AUGACGCGUGCGACCCGCGCCGCCGUCCUCGCUCUAAUCGCCACAACAGUCGGCGCCUGGCCCGCCCUCGACGAAAAACUGCAAAGCUACCCCUCAAUACAUGCGCGCGAGACGGCCAAAAUUAAAGCCGGCGACGCCAAGGGCGCCCGCUACAUUCUGGUGAACGCGUUCCAGGCCGAGUUGUCUAUGCUGCAGCGCCUUGGCGCACCAGCCAAGGACUUCCUCACCGCGCAGACAAAUCUUGCGAUCUCGUAUGGAGAUCUUGGAAACCUUGAGAAGGCCCGAAGCAUGGAGCAAGGCGUUUACUCCGGACGUUUAAAGUUACAUGGCGAAGAACAUCCGGAAACCAUCAAAGCAGCCAACAACUACGCGUCGUCCCUUGUCCAACUAGAUCGCUUCGAAGAAGCCAAGUCGCUGCUGUGCAAAGUGAUGCCCGUGGCGCGACGCGUUCUCGGAGAGAAUGAUGAUCUCACGCUCAGGAUGAAGAAGAUUUACGCGAUGGCGCUCUACGCGGACGACGGCGCCACGCUCGACGAUCUGCGCGAGGCCGUGACGACGCUCGAAGAGAUAGGACGGACCGCGCGGCACGUGCUCGGUGGUGCGCACCCAAUCACAGAAGAUAUUGAGGACAAUUUGCAAAACAUGCGAGCGGCGCUCCGUGCCCGCCAUAACGCGGAGCUGCGCGCGGCGUACAAGGAGGACCCGUCCUCGCUUUCGGCCGACGAUCGCGCGCGCGCCGAGCAGCUCCUAGCGCGCGACGCGAGGAAAGCUGCCAAGAAGGCGGCGCGCGGCGUUUCAAGCGAGACGCCGUCGCCGGGGACCGCCUAA